AUGCUCCCAUUUUUUGAAGAGCCAGAGGCAAAGCCGUCGUGCAUUGAACCUCUGGGCGAAUUCCUGUAUCAAUUCUCUGCAUAUAUCAGCGCAAUAACUGCUAUUCUGCUUUUUGCGUUAUAUUACACGAUACGAGAGGGGGAUACUUUCUUAAGUCGUGUGGAUUGCGUGUUGGCCACGACAUGCUUUUAUGUACUAUCCUUUGUGACAGCUUUUGAAACCAUAAGCGACCCUGAGCGGGAACUAAACGAAGCAGGAGUUGCACUGCAGUAUUUUAUGGGUCUAGUGACACUUACUGCCUUCUGGGUAUUCAUAUAUACUGAAGGGCUUGCCGGGCAAGAGGUUGUUGAUAUGGACACAUAUGAAGAAAUUAUCAUCAUCGCAACAUUAUUUUAA